AUGCUUAGAUCAAAACUAUCAUCACUUCGCGAAUACCUUACUCCAAUAAACCACAAUUCAAAUUUUUUAACUACGGGGGAAAUUAGUCCGGAAGAGUUUGUCAAAGCAGGCGAUUACCUCGUUUACAAGUUCCCCACAUGGCAAUGGAGCACUUGUCCCAAAAAUCUACAGAAGCUGUUUUUACCUCCUGAGAAGCAGGUUUUGGUCACCAAACAUGUACCUAGCCAUGUUAGAGCAUCAAAUUUUGAAGGAGAGUUGGAGGAGGAUGACGAAGAGGUAGUUUUAGGUGCUGACAAUGAUGGCGACGAUGACAAGAAAGAAGAGGAUGAGGAGUAUGGUUUGAUCAAGUCUAAGACGACCACUGGGCAAUCCAAAGGAAAGACUUCUGAGUCUAACAACAACGAGGAGAUUGGAGACAUUGAUGAUAUGAUAGAUAAUGACGCGGAAGAAGCCGAUGAUUUGGAUCACGAUUUUGAUGAUUUGGAUAUAGUUUACGACUCAAACAAUAAGCUCAGAAAGUACGACUUGUACAUCACGUACUCAACUUCUUAUCGUGUGCCUAAGAUGUACCUUGUUGGGUUUGAUUCUAAUGGUAUACCGCUCUUGCCCAAACAAAUGUAUGAGGACAUAAAUUCAGAUUAUAAAGACAAAACUGUCACAAUUGAGAAUCUACCAGUUGCCUCAAACACUACAUCUAUAUCAAUACAUCCUUGCAAACAUUCCUCAGUAAUGAAGGUACUCAUGAGUCAUCAAUUGAGGAAGAAGGAGAAGCCAGUGGAGGAGGACUUGCUGAAUUUGUCUAUUGAAAAUAUUGAACCAGAAGCCGAGGGGAUCAGAGUUGAUCAAUAUUUGGUGGUUUUUCUCAAAUUCAUUGCUAGUGUCACCCCUGGUAUUGAAUACGACUACACUAUGGAUGCUUUGUAA